AUGGACGAAAAUAGGAAUGAACAUUAUGGAUAUUUCGAACAAAAGCCUUCAAAAUGGGAUAUUAUAGAAUUUUUAGAGCAAUAUGACCUUGAGCCGUACAGCAAAAAAAUGGAUCGAUACAUUAAGUGCCUCAGAUAUAUUGCUCGUGUGAAAAAUAGUGAUGUGACAAGGACCUAUGAUUCGCUCCUGGUGCUUGAUUAUUUAAGGCCAUUCGCGAAUCAAUUCUACGAUGUGUUGCCAGGUUCUUCUAUAGGAAUGGUAUACGAUGAUGCUAAUAAGUUUUAUCAAGAACUUGAAAAUACAGGGACAAAACUUUUGGAUAAGGCUCUUGAUACACUUUUUAAAAUAUCAGCCACUGCUUCUAGUUCAAACAAAGGGUUUAUCGUCUUUAAUAUGCUUGGUUGGAAUAGAACUGAAGUUGUUGAAGUUCCUGUGUGUAGUGGUUUGGAUACCUUGGCCCAAUAUACAGAGGAUAAAAAAUCGAAUAUGUAUUUAGUAAGCAAUAUCAAAGAUGUGGUUGGAAUGGGAUCCCAAAGUGUUUAUAUUCGGGAUAGUUUGGAUGUGACUCAAGUUACUGGUGCCUCAGAUGUAUUGCUUGAGGUGAGCAAAAAAAGAGAAAAGAAAAGGCAGAAGAACUUCUCAGAAGAUAAGUAA